UAAAAUGCCUGUUUCUAUACAGCACCCUUUCUUGGAUUAUUUUCUGGUGACUCUUUUUAACAAGGUUUAUUCUGAAACAAACCAACUAGAAACGCAUGCGCAUCUUUUCUGAGAAGAACACGAUCGACAGGGAAAACAGGACUGGAUGGCAAGAUAUGUUACGACGUAUCAUUCCAAAUCGGUAGCUGCCAGUUACAAACGCCAACGACAGCAUUCAAUGCUAGGAAACUUAAAACAUACAAGCUGAAGGUUUUGCUGAAGAAUCUGCGCAGAUCUACUUCAUCUUGAACAGCACCUGAGCAGUCGCAUUUCAAGUGCCAAAAUAAAGGCUGGGAAAGCGAACGCUCUACUCCUGAGAAACCUGGCCAUUCAAUACAGUAUCUCACUAGUUGUUGGUGUAGCAAGCAUCGUACAGGGAACACAAUCAUGGCCGCAGCUGCCGAACAAUUGAAAGAUAAAAAGAAGAAUCGAUUUCGCGAACGCUUUCUUCUAACACAGGCGGCAUCAUUGGAUGAAGUAAUGACUUCAUCGACAGGCGAAUGCUCGCCUGGGAAUACGACAACGGAUGGCACUUCGAGAUGUAGUAGGAUGCGUCGAUUGCUCUUUCGGCGUACGAGAAGUGAGACAGAGGAUCAGACACGAAACUCGCGGCUCAACAAGACGGAUUCAAUAAUUAGUCCGACGCCAGAACAGGUUGGCUUACGAGUGAAUUUCACUCCUGAAUCGUCCGUUUCGGAAGAGGUUUCCGAUGCAUCGUCCACAUUGCCACAUCUACAUUCUUUGAUGCCUCGUUCACCGCCUCCUCCAUACGAUAAAGAGUCACAGAGCAACACACCACGUUUGGCUGGGGUAUGUCCACCAACUUAUGAUGAAGCUAUGGCGCAGAAUGGGCCCAACGACCAGAACGGCCCGAAUCUGCCAACAAUGGGUAGCAACCUGCCGAUUGGGUACUGCAACUGUCGUGAGUGUCAGGCAAGAUACUUUAAUUCCGAAGAAGAGGAACAAGACGAUAAUUGUGCUGAUGCCGUGUUUCCCAUGGAGACUCACGUGUUGAUGCAGGAAGUGCUUGCUGAUGGCAUGGCUUUUUGUAGUGUUAUGUGAUAGAAACCAAAACGGGGAAAAAAAAAAUCGUCAAUGUCUUGAAGAUUUAAAAAAAAAAACCUGUUAACAAAAGGUCCAUUAUUGCCGUUUUCUCUAAAACGGCGAAUAAAGUGAACUGGUCAUCGUAAAGGUAGACUGCAAAAAGAAAUAAAAAGGAAUUAAGCCAUAACUCUUUCUUUCCCCAGAUAAACCCACCUAAAGUACAUGCAAAUAAAACUCAUACUAUUUACUCAUAUAGAACUUACGAAGAUAAUACGGACUAUCUAUGAAUCGAAU